CGCGGGAGCCCGGGCACCGCCCCCGACGGGACCCGCGCGCCGAGUCCGCGGCAGGGAGUUGUUGCGGCCGCGAUGCUGGUGGCGGCGGCCGCGGAGCGGAAUAAGGAUCCCAUCCUGCACGUGCUGCGGCAGUACCUGGACCCGGCCCAGCGCGGCGUCCGCGUACUCGAGGUGGCCUCGGGCUCCGGCCAGCACGCGGCGCACUUCGCGCGGGCCUUCCCCCUGGCCGAGUGGCAGCCGUCGGACGUGGACCAGCGCUGCCUGGACAGCAUCGCGGCCACCACGCAAGCCCAGGGGCUGACCAACGUGAAGGCCCCGCUGCACCUGGACGUGACGUGGGGCUGGGAGCACUGGGGCGGGAUCCUGCCACAGUCGCUGGACCUGUUGCUCUGCAUCAACAUGGCCCAUGUCAGCCCCCUGCGCUGCACGGAGGGGCUCUUCAGAGCAGCAGGACACCUGCUCAAACCCAGGGCCCUGCUCAUCACCUAUGGGGGAGGGGGUGCCCUUUCAUUCUCCGAACCCCAGCCUGCGAGUCUGUCCCAGACUCUCUGGGAAAUACCCGACCUUGGUCCAGUGGGCUGUGUCCCCAUGCCCGCAGCCCUAUGCCAUCAAUGGGAAGAUCUCCCCCCAGAGCAACGUGGACUUCGACCUGAUGCUCAGAUGCAGGAACCCGGAAUGGGGGCUUCGGGACACAGCCCUCCUGGAGGACCUGGGACAGGCCAGUGGCCUGCUCCUGGAGAGGAUGGUGGACAUGCCAGCCAACAACAAAUGCCUGAUCUUCCGGAAAAACUAAGCCCCUCCUUCACCCCAGCACAUGUGCAUCCCUGCCGGAGGCUCUGUGAGGCACGAACCCUGCCUCCCUAGGCCCGACCUUGUGGACGACAGCCCCACCCAGUCUGUGCUCUCAGCCGGUGGCCGAAGGGCCCAGCCUGCUCAGAAUAAAGCAUGUCCUGCUGCCGGC